CGCGUAAUGGAGCAGGACACGAGCGCGUGCACUGGAGCAUUACUGACCUCCUGGCUGCAGUAGGAAUGAGCGAGAAACGACAAAAUCCAAAGGCGGACUGACCGACGAUGAAUUAUGAUUUUAUACAUCCAACAAGUGUAAGAAGUUUUGGGAGAUCGAGGACAGGACGGUGCACCUCAGCAGUGAGAAGUCUGUCCUGGAAUCAGACACUGAAGCCCCUCAUCCCCUCCCUCUGCCUGGUGCUGCUGGUCGUAUACGGGCUGGCUGACAAACUCAGAAACUUUGUGAUCGGCAUCUUCAUCCCUCAGUACCACUACCACUACCCUGUGGUGCUCUGCUUUGGCCAGGUGCUGGUGUCUCUUCUCGUGUUGAACCUCCUUCACUUCCUGGGUCUGGUGCCUCUGAAGCGCUACUCCAGGAGCCUCGGCGAGAAGCUGCUGCUUCCUGCCAUCUGCAGCAGCAUCCAGGACGUGAUGGUCAUGUGGCUGAAAGCCAGCAGCCUGUACAGCGGCGUCUUCCUCCUGGCCCUGCCUCUGCUGCCCCUGGUCACCGUGGCCCUCAGUUUUGCCCUGAAGACGGCGUCUCCCCCCUCCGUCCAUCUCUCUGUGAUGACCGCCAUCCUGAGCGGGACCUCUGUCGUCAUCACCGCCUCUCGGGGUUUCUCUCACACUGAGCCUCUGGAGUACGCCUACGCCCCUCUGGCUUUACUCCUCCACGGCCUCUCUCUGACCUGUCUGGGUAAAGUGUCCGACGCCGAGAGCCGACGCCCCCCGGAAGCCCAGGCCUCCGCUUUCGACGUCUACUACACCUCGCUGGUGAACCAGGGCCUGGUGCUGGGCCUGCUGUGGCUGCUGCACCCGGACAGCCUGCGCCGGGUGCUGAGCCGGGGCAGCUGGAACAGCCUGCUCUUCAACGGAUACCUGCACGCCAUCCUGCUGCUGGGCACGCUGCUCAGCUUCCUGAUUGGGAUGUCCGCCCUGUGCGUGUCGCCGUUCGCUGCUGCGGUGCUGCACUCCGCGAAGCAGGUGCUGGAGCCUUUUUUUCUGCUCCUGUAG